UUUUUAUAUAUAUUUGGUCUGUCUUUUUAUCACCCAAUCUAUUGACAAGUUUAACAACGAAAUAAUUAAUAAAAUAACGUUCAUUUACUAGUUGUAGUACCUUUUUGUUUCGGAAAUAGCAUGUAUUGCUAAUUGUUCAAUUAAUAUUGUGUGUAGAUGUGAUUAUUUCACAGCCGAACGUAUAUCAAACAAUAUGGCUGACGAAAAUAGUGAGAUUGAGUUACAGUGAAAGUCGGUUCGUUGACAAGCAGUCUAUAAACAAGACUAUGUGAAAUAGCAUAGAAUCGGUUUUUAGUUUGUCCAUAUUUUAAGAGUGGUUAAACUUUAUUGGAUUCCAUUGACAUAAACCUUCGUGAAAUCUGCUCGAUUACUAUAAAUGAAAGGAAUCACCUAAGGAUUCGAAACGACUACAAUUAGCAACUAUGUCCGUCCUACUUCUAUUAUAUUCGAUUCAAUACAUUGAGCUAUUGUCGGCAGCAACAAACACAAUGAAUGAUGGACCUGCAUUAAAGUUAACCACAAAUUCAUUAAUUCCAACGCAAAAUAUCGUUUCUCAAUUCUCACUGGAUAAUAACUCAUAUUUUACUCAUUUGGCAUACGACAGACGACGGAAUCUGCUAUACGCAGGUGCAACUAAUCGAAUAUUUCAACUUGAUAUUAGUCUAAAGCAAUUGAAUGAGGCAAUCACUGGCCCAAAACUCGAUUCUCCACAGUGCCACGCUGGUGGAUGUUCCCCAGACGAUGUCGAGACUUUCGAAACAAAUAACCAUAAUAAAAUUCUGGUAUACAAUGAAGUGGGAGAUACUCUGAUAGCCUGUGGCAGUGUUCAACAAGGGGCAUGUGAUAUUUACUAUCUCAGCGGACGAUUUCCGGAAUCCGCCAAAUACAUGGAGGUGGCUUUAGCAGCGAAUGAUGAAUUUUCUACGACCUAUGCAUUUAUAGGCCCGAGCAAAUACCAGUCAUGGAAGAAAGAGGAUAUACUUUAUGUAGGAACAACAUUUACGAAUGUUGGUGAUUACCGUCACGAUGUUCCAGCUAUAUCUUCGCGAAAACUUGACGAUCUAAAUUACGCUGAAUUUUCGAUUCAGCAAUCCAACAUAAAUAUCGAUGUGAAGUAUCGUGACCAUUUCAUUGUAAACUACGUGUAUGGAUUCAACAGUUCCGAAUAUGCCUACUUUGCGGUGGUCCAAAAAAAGUCACAUUUGGCCGAUGAAGCUGGAUUUGUAACGCGGUUAGCACGAAUCUGUGUCAACGAUCCCAAUUAUGACAGCUAUACAGAGAUUACAAUUAUUUGUCAAGCUGAUGGUGAAGAUUACAACAUUUUGCGAGACGCCAAAAUUACUCAGGCGGGAGUCAGAUUGAGUCAAGAUCUUGGCAUGAAGAAGGAUGAUUAUGUAUUAGUAGCAGUUUUCUCGCCAUCCAAGGAAAUUACAAGUGAACCCCAGAAUAAUUCAGCUAUGUGCGUUUAUAGCUUAACUGAGAUUGAAGAAGUCUUCAACGAAAAUAUACAUUCCUGUUUCAAUGGUAGUAUUAAGGACAGAAAUCUUGGAUACAUUUCUGGAACCAUCAACGACGGUAAAUGUCCCGUGGUAGGAUCUAUUGGAAAUAUAUUCAGCUUUUGUCAUGUUGGGUUGAAAAUUAGUGGUGUCACACCGAUUAUAGCGCGCUCUCUGUUCCACUUCCCCAACGAAUCAAUAACUUCGGUUACGACCACCAACACUGGGCCUCACACACUUGCAUUUCUAGGUACUGCUGAUGGGUGGAUAAAAAAGAUUCUCAUGUCUGGAGCUUCUGCAGGCGAGUAUGAAAAAAUAGAGAUCGACAGCGGCUACAAACUAUUACCAGAUAGCAUGCUUCCACCUAAAGCAGACUGUUUGUACGUUCUAUCAGAGAAAAGAGUGACGAAGAUGAAAAUAGAACAUUGCAGCACAUUUACGAAUUGCUCAAGUUGUUUGGAGUCUAGAGAUCCUUUUUGUGGGUGGUGUUCACUUGAGAAACGAUGCACAGUACGCAAUGCGUGUCAGAAGGACACCAGCACAUCUCGUUGGUUAUCAAUUAGUACUGGGCAGCAAUGUAUUGAUUUCGAAAUGGUUUCCCCAGACAAGAUUCCAAUCAACCAAAUGUCAACUGUUCACCUAAUUAUUCGCACCUUACCUGAGCUACCACACAAUUCAAAGUACAAAUGUGUAUUCGGCAAUUCAACGCCAAUUGAUGCGAACGUUACCAAUGAAGGGUUAGUAUGCAGAACACCUCCAAUAGAUACGCGACCUAUCUUGCUUGCAAAUACUGAUCAUAUAUUAGUACCGCUGAGUGUUCGAAGCUCUGAAACUAAUAAGGAUUUUGUAUCUCGCAAUUUCGCCUUCUACGAUUGCUCUCGUCAUGGUGACUGCCGAAAAUGUCUUCAAAGUCAAUGGGGAUGUAAUUGGUGCAUCUAUGACAAUAAAUGCGUUUACAAUACUACAACGUGCCGAAUUACAGGUAGUAUUGUCACUAACGAAAACAUGUGUCCCCAUUUCAAACGUCGAUCACUGCCAAUUUUAUUGCCGAACAAGGUUCCAAAAGAGAUUAAAUUAGAAAUAGAGAAUCUGCCUAGGCCGCAAAGUGCGCACACUGGAUUCCUCUGUACUGUCAACAUAGAAGGUGCUCAUAUGGUAUUACCAGCCCGCGUUGAAUCUAACAAAUACGUUGUUUGUGAAAAAACACCCUACUCAUAUGAAGCCAAUACAAAUGAGCACGAAGCAAAGGUUGAUGUCAACUGGAAUCGGAAUCAUUACAUAGAUACUGUUUCAGUUAUUCUGUACAAGUGUGAUAUUCUAGGAUCUCACAGAGAGCACGCAGACUGUAGUUUGUGUGUCACGCGCGACAAGAAAUAUCAGUGUACAUGGUGCAGCAACCAAUGCGCAUACAAUGAGACUUGUGCAUUCGAUACGCACCUUAAUGAAUGUCCCAAACCAAGAAUUGAUUUAAUUAAGCCAUUGAGCGGCCCUAUAGAAGGCGGAACAUUACUAACUAUAGAAGGUAGUAAUCUCGGUAUUCGCGAGGAGGAUGUAAGAGGUAAAAUAAGGAUCGGUAAUGUUCCAUGUGAAUUAGUGAACUAUGAAAUUUCUGUAAAGAUUGAAUGCCGAACAGGACCAGUUUCCGAAGAGUUGAUAGCUUCAAUAAAAGUAGGGAACGAAGCUGGAUAUACGGAAUCCAGCGUACAGUUUCAAUACAAAAACAUUCAACUGACGGGAUUAUAUCCUACAAUGGGGCCACAAUCAGGUGGUACCAAAGUUUCCAUAAUCGGAAAAUAUCUCAAUAUUGGAUCCAAAAUUGUAGCAUAUUUAGAUGAUUAUGUUUGCCACAUAAAUAUUACUCAAACUUCUUCUGGUCGCUUGACAUGCAUAACAUCAUCAGCCCGAUCACCUGAGCACAUUCGUAUUUUAACGCUUCUGAUAGAUGGAGCCAAUCGGACGCUGAAAUGUGGAGCCGAGUACCAACCAUACAGUUUAAGUCGAAAUAAUUAUCAUUAUCACAGUCAUUACGAAACAUGCAGCGUAUACAACUACACUGUUGAUCCGAAGAUAUUACAAAUUAAGCCGCUCAAAAGUUUUAUGAGCGGAGGACGAAUGAUGACGGUUCAUGGAACUAACCUGGACUCUAUUCAAAAGCCUGAAAUUGAGAUUUAUUACGAAGAGGAACGUAUAAACAAAUCAGUGUGUACCGUACUUAACCCCAACCAAAUGGAGUGUCCUUCGCCUACUGUGAACAUGAAUUUUAUUUCUUACUAUAUUAAACAUCUUGAGCAGAUAAACAGCAACUUAGUAUCCAGUUCUAAUCAUAACGUGUCGAAAAGCCGACGGAAUAUCAUAACAACAGAAGCAUCAGUACUUAUUUCAACAGCGCAAGCUCUGAUUAGCGAUAAUCCAUCUCUCAUCGUUUCAAUAUAUUCACCUACACAAUUUAUGCCCUCAGAAGAAUUACAAACCACCGCCUCUUUGUUACGCACCACCAUAAAUGGAGCAAAUUCACCAGUUGCACUAAAAAUACACGAGCAUCAAAUUGCAUUUCAGCUCAGUUUUGUAAUGGAUAACGUCAAUUCAGUAAAAAACUUGAAUAAGCACUUUCAAAAUUUGAGAUCUACAAUUGUCUACGUCGAAGAUCCUUUAUAUUUUCCAUUUCCAAGUUUUAGAAAGCUUUAUAAAGGAGAUACUCUUGUGAUCGAGGGUGAAAACUUGAACAUCGCUAGUGAUGAGUCUGACGUCAACGUUACCAUUGGGGUAAUGCAGUGCAAUGUCACGAGUCUAGCUCUCACGCAGUUGGUUUGUACACCGCCAGAUCAACAACCACCACCAACAGAUGAGAAUGGAAUCGAACAGACUUUGCUAGAUUUACCACUAGUAGUAGUACGUGUAGGCCAAAGUUUAAGAUUUCCAAUUGGAUACCUAAAGUACGAUCUCAUGAAACCGUAUUCAUUUUCCCACAUGCUUUUUGGAAUCAUUACUGGUACUGUAUUAUUCAUAGUAUCACUAGUCAUUAUACUGAUCAUCUAUCGUCGCAAGAGCACUCAAGCCGAAAGAGAAUACAAACGCAUUCAGAUACAAAUGGACACUCUUGAAAGUAACGUUCGAAUGGAGUGUAAGCAGGCCUUUGCCGAGCUUCAAACUGAUAUGACGGACUUGACCGCUGAUAUAGAGAACAGCGGGAUCCCAACACUCGAUCACGUUAACUACAUUAUGAAAGUAUUUUUUCCAGGAGUCACCGAUCAUCCGAUCCUGAAUUCGUCAAAGUUUCGAAUGAACAUGUCUCGGACUAAUUACGAUCAAGCUAUGAUGCAGUUUGAACAACUGAUUAAUAACAAAACUUUUGUGUUAAUCUUCAUCGAUACAUUGGAAGCUCAGAAGUCAUUUAGUAUACGAGAUAAGGUAAAUGUGGCAUCGUUGCUUAUGAUAGUGCUUAUGAACAAAAUGGAUUAUGCCACAGAUGUGCUAAAAUGUUUAUUGUUGCGACUGAUUGAUAAGUCUGUGGUAACCAAACAUCCCCAAUUGAUGCUUAGACGAACGGAGAGUGUGGUAGAAAAAAUGCUAACAAAUUACAUGGCAAUAUGCAUGUAUGAUUAUUUGAAAGAGUACAGUGGAAAUUCUCUCUUUCUGUUGUAUAAAGCAAUCAAACAUCAAAUCGAAAAGGGGUUAGUCGAUGCAGUUACACACGAUGCGCGAUAUUCGUUGAGUGAAGAACGCUUACUUCGUGAGCAGAUCUCUCAUAGUGUUGUAACUUUACACAUAAUACAAGAUGAUUUGGACGAAAAGAUACAAUGUAAAGUUCUAGACUGUGAUACAAUUACUCAAGUGAAAUCAAAAAUUCUCGACGCAUUGUUCAAAAAUACCCCAUUCUCUAUGCGACCAUCAGUUCAUGACCUUGAACUGGAAUGGCGUCAUGGCCGAGGUGGGCACUUAACUUUGCAAGAUGAAGAUUUAACAACCAAAACAAUAUGUGGUUGGAAGCGUAUCAAUACGCUUGCUCACUACGGUAUUAAAGAAUCUGCAGUAAUGUCUCUCGUCAUUAAACAGAACGACAACUACAACAACUUUAAUAACAAGCAGCCAUAUCCAAAUUGUUAUUAUAUUAAUAACUCAUCAUCUCACAUUUCCAUAAAUGGUGACAUGAUUCAUCAUCCUGGAUCACUGCUGAACUUCCAACAACAGUCACAACAACAUGCUCGAAUAUACCACUUGGUUAAGCCAAUUGAUGAAAAAUCAUUGUUGGGUCAACAACAAAGUGGGCAGGAAAGAACUCAUAAAGCCAUACCAGAAAUAUUUCUUACGCGGUUGUUGGCAACCAAAGGUACUAUCCAAAAAUUUGUAGAUGAUUUUUUUGGGACAAUUUUAACAGUAAGUAGUGUACUGCCACCUGCUGUCAAGUGGAUCUUCGACAUCCUUGAUGAAGCUGCAAAGCGUCACGGAAUUGUUGAUCAAGAUGUAGUGCACGCCUGGAAAUCCAACAGCUUGCCUUUGAGGUUUUGGGUAAAUUUUAUUAAAAAUCCUGACUUCAUAUUCGACAUUAACAAAUCGCCCAGCGUUGAUGCUUGCCUUAGCGUUAUUGCCCAAACCUUUAUGGACGCCUGUUCAACAACGGAAUAUAGACUGGGGAAAGAUUCGCCUUCCAACAAACUGCUCUUUGCUAAAGAUUUGCCUCAGUACCGUGACAUGGUUGCUAACUUUUACGCAGAAAUUGCACACCUGACCCAAAUAAGCGAUCAAGAUAUGUGUACUGCCAUGCAACAGCUUUCAGUUCAACAACAGGAUGAAUUUGAUGUUAUUGCAGCGUUGAAGGAGCUUUUCAUUUACGUAACGAAAUAUCGAGAUCAGAUCAUAGAUUCUCUGGAAAUUGAUAUCCACGCUAAAAAAAUGCAUUUAAUUCAUAAACUCGAAAAUGUAUCCUGUACGCUAGAAGGACAAAACUAUUUAUAAUGCUAAACCAUUUUCAACGGAACUUGCAGCGAAUGAUCUACCGAAUUUGAAUACAAAUGGAUUCCAGCUCAGGAAUUUGAUAUCGUUGGCGUCGUCGUUGUACAAAAUGUCGAUGACAAUCUACACCGAGCAAAGCUGUUUAUAGAAUGGAUUACGUUAACGUUGAUAAUUUUUUAUGUACUCCUAUGCCUCUGUUUAUCGCAAAGGAGUACAGCAAUCAUUCGCUAACUAAGCAAACGCGCAGCUAACAAGUUUAAUAAUUAAUUGAAGUCAUCUAAUGCAUGUUGAUCGAUUUAUUGAACGCCAUCUAACGUUGGAACAAUGGAGGACACUUAUAGGUCGAUUUUGAAACAUCAUUUUUUAGGCGGUGAAAUUAACUCGUUAAUUGGGCUGGUGUCUGAAGCGUUAAAUAUGAUUUUUAAUAGAUUGAUGCUGCCAUGCUGCUUCAAGUAAAACUCUAAAUUGUCGGACGUCGUCAAAAUAAUGCAGACCGACCGAACAGAGAAGCUUAAUUUGGUUUUUAAUAAAUAUCAUUUAAAAUUGGUCAACUUAA